UUGAUUGACUUCCAAAACAGAAUCUCGUUAUGGGCGAUAAUGCCAGGGAAUUCGUUAAACUUGAGUUCAGCGACACUGUUAAGGAGGAAAUACUGGUGGAAGAUGAUAAUAAUAUUGUCGGAAUUAUAUCUCAGUUUGAAGAGUGUAGGGAUGUCCUAGAAGAAAAUCUGGACGACCCUGGUGAAAUGCUUGACUGUAAGGUUAAAAUUGAAGAAUCGAAGCACCAGCUGAACUUACCGGGCAUUCUUCAUCAAGUUGAUCAGAAAACAAGGCCUGCACCGACUAAGAAACGAAAGUUUGUUGAAGAAGAAAUCGACAUUAAGACUGCGUUUACCGACCAGGAAGAUAUGGCGCUCCACGCCCUUGAUCUCAUUAGUCCUUACGAUAUCAACUUCGCUUCCAGUCAUAUGGCGAGAAGAUCGGAGAAAGACAUCGAGAGACGAUUGGAUGACAACACUUUCAGGAAGAAGUACUUUCUGUUCCAGAAGAUUCCAUCCUUUCUCUUCGGGAUUACGUUCACCAGCAUCAAACUCCUUAAAUUCAGAGCUCUAAUGCUAGUGUCCGAGAAGCACAUUUCCAACCUGAUCUGUGUCAACAAGACCUGCGUCCACGGUCCUGAUAUACUAGAGCUGACGCUAGAGUACGAUGGAAAAUCUAAAUUUGGAAUCGAUAUCUCCAUACUUGUCGAGUUCAUUAAUGAAAACUGUCCUGAAAGGUUUAAAAAUAACUUAAAGAUGACAUGUGAGAGCUUGGAGAGUCUAUUGGUAGACUCUAAGAUCAGUUUCCAUAGAUAUGCAACAUCCAUCGGUCACGUGUACACAAAGGUUAAGAAGAAGAAGGAAGCUUUAUCUAUCAAGAGGAUGGAAGCACCAAUGAGUUUCCAAAAUGGUCGCCUGAUACUAAUCGAGGAACACAAACAGACUCUUAUCAAGAUUGUCAAUGCUAUCGGGAAAACAAAAUGGGAUUUUGCACUCAAACUUAUGCACGAUGUGUUUGGAAAGACGACGGCACCCACCUACACAUCAAAAAUAAAACUACAAAAUAUGUUGAGCAAAAUGUACCUGGAGGAAUUAGAUCCUGAUCUCAAGGUUGGACCCUGGACAGAAGAAGAAGAUAAAUGUUUACUCUUCCUUCAUAAACUAUUCUACCAGGUUUACUCUUCCUUCAUAUACUAUUCUACCAGGUUUACUCUUCCUUCAUAUACUAUUCUACCAGGUUUACUCUUCCUUCAUAAUUUAUUUUACUAGGUUUAAUCUUCCUUC